AUGAGACAAGAAAUAGCAAAUGAAAAAUAAAUAUAUAAGAAAUCAGAUUUUAAUUUUGAUGAUCCUUUAGUUGACAUAUAUUGUUUUAAUUAAUUUGAUAAGCAAUAUUUAAAUUAUUUACAAAAAAAGCAAUAAUAUAAUUUUACAUUAAAUAUUAAUAAAAGCAAUAAUAAUAUAAAUAAUACUAAAAUAAAUAUUUCCAUUAAACAUGAAAAUAGUUCGAAGACUAAACAAAAUAAUCCAGUCUUAAACGAAGAUAUUCCUUGUUAAAUUUGCAAUGAUAAAGAUUUUGCAGAUGAUGAUCUUAUUGUAUUUUGUUCGAAAUGUAAUAUUUCAGUACAUUAAAGGUGUUAUGGUAUUUUGAAAAUUCCAAACGAUGAUUGGAUUUGUGAGUUAUGUGUUAAUUUUGGACCUUAAGGGUAAUUAAUGAGGUGUCCUUUGUGUCCUAAAAGAGGAGGAGCAUUAAAACCGAGCAAAAUUUAAAUAAAUUUAAAUACAUUUGAAAAUAUAAAUCCAUCAUAUCAUUUAUUUGCUUCUUAAUGCACCUUUAAUGAAGCUAAUAAAUAUAAAUAUGAAAAAAUCGAAACUGAAGACGAUAUAAAUAAAGACGAAAAUAAUUUUUAUCUUUAUUAAUAAUAAUAAUAAAAGGAUUAUAAAGAAAAAGAUGGACUUUAUUAUGACUUUACUAUAACAAAAGAUUAAGAAGUUAAUUUAAACAUUCUAAAUAAUGAACCAAAACCUAAUUAUGUUUGGUGUCAUAUUUCAUGCACUUUAUGGACUCCUGAAUGCUAUUUUGACGAUAGAAACUAUUAUAAUUUUGUUAAAGGAAUUGAAAAUAUUGAUAAGUCAAGAUUUAAAUUGUUAUGUAAAGUUUGUAAGUUAAGAGAUGCUGGAUCUUGUAUUAAAUGUUCCAAAGGUAAUUGUGAAGAAGCUUUUCAUUCUGAAUGUGCUAGAAGAGCUAAUAUUUGUUUAGAAGUUAAGAAUAGUGAAAGGUUAUAGUAUUUACUUUAUUGUGAAUUACAUACACCUUUGUAGAUAAUUAGAUUUAUAGAAAAUAAAGAAAAAAAAUAUAAGGUUUAUUUAUUUAUAUAUAUCUAUAUUAUAUUUUAAUAAUAUAUUUAUAUUAGGAAGAAAUUUUGA